AUGAUCUACUCGUUCUACAUCUACACUCGCAACGGAUCGUGUUUGUAUCAGGAGAAAUGGAACGUCACUGGUGGUAAAAGUGUAACGUACUCGGAUCCAGAAGAAGAAAGACGUUUGUUGUUUGGUUUACUAUUCUCACUGAAAGAAUUUGUAUGUAAAAUUGCUCCCUCGACGAUAACACAGACAAGCUCAGAUCCGAUCGGAUCAAAUGAGCCAAUCGCUGCAGCUCCUGAGGGCUUGCAACGAUUUCAAACAAACGCUUAUACAUGCCAUCAAUACGAAUCACCAAGUGGUCUGCGCUUCGUGAUGAUGACAGAUAACCAAGCGGGUGAUUUAACUCCGACGCUCAAGUACAUAUACGCACAGAUUUACGUCGAGACGGUUGUGGGUAACCCCCUUUGCGACACAAAAAGCGGCAAGCCAAUAACGAGCCACCUCUUUCGCACGCAGCUCACACAAUAUCUGGAAAAUCAGCCGUGCUUCAAGUAG